ACGCCUCUACGCGCCAGUUGCGACUUGACCACCGAGGAGGCAGGACCUCACUCUCACGUCUCCCGGACCUCGCUUCUCGCCUCCUCCGUGCCUCACACUCCUUCCAGUCUCGUGGUUUGAAAUCAGUCUUAUCUUAAGUAUCCUGGCUGGGAGAGGAAAGCCGAAGACAAUCACUCGAAUUUCGGAUCUGAAGAAAAAGGAAACCCUUCUUCCCUAUUAAAAAGAAGAGUGGCAUCCCAAAAUGAAGCAGUCAACCAGUAACAAGAAAGUAGCAGUUGUCGGAGCUGGAUUGGUUGGGUCUCUGGAGGCGUGUUACCUGGCCAAGCGUGGAUACGACGUGCACCUGUACGAGUAUAGGGAUGACAUCCGCAACAUGGAGCACGUGCCAGGAAGGAGCAUCAACCUGGCCAUGAGCAUCAGAGGUCGGACGGGACUCAAGGCGGUCGGGGUCGAAGAGAAGAUCAUCCGAGAGCAUGGCAUUCCUAUGUACGCGCGCAUGAUCCACAACAGGGACGGGAGCACCAAGGCCAUUCCCUACAACAAGGACGGGAAGGUGGUGCGCAGUGCCAUCUACUCUGUCGGUCGACGUUUCGUGAACGAUUGGGUACUGCUGACGCGCGCCGAGGAGUUUCCAAUGUCACCAUUUCACUUCCACCACAAACUCCUCACCGCGGAUCUCGAGAGGGGAAAGAUGACCUUUUUAGACACGAUGUCCCAAGAUGAAGUGACCGUCGAUGCGGAUCUGAUGAUCGGCUGCGACGGCGCUUACUCCAACAUGAGGAAACAGAUGAUGAAGCGACCGAUGUUCAACUACAGGCAGCAGUACAUCCCUCACGGCUACAUGGAGCUCUGUAUCCCGCCAGGAUCGGAUGGGAAUUUCCAGAUGCCUCCGAAUUACCUGCACAUUUGGCCAAGAGGACAGUACAUGAUGAUCGCGCUGCCGAACCAGGACAAGUCAUGGACCGUCACGCUCUUCAUGCCCUUUGGAAUCUUCAAUUCUCUCGACACGCCAGAAGUCCUGUUAGACUUUUUCAAGACAAAUUACCCAGACGCCAUAACGCUCAUCGGGCGAGAGAAACUCAUCCACGAUUUCUUCGCAAACAAGGCGCUGCCGAUGAUCUCCGUCAAGUGUUCUCCGUACCACGUUGGCUCGACCUCCCUGCUCAUGGGUGACGCUGCCCACGCCAUGGUGCCCUUCUACGGCCAGGGAAUGAACUGCGGCAUGGAAGACUGCGUUUUUCUGAAAGAAAUUAUGGACAAAUACGAGAGCGGAACGAAGGUGUUGCCCGCGUACUCCGAGCACCGGAACCCAGACGCGGAGGCGAUCGUGGACCUCGCCAUGUACAACUACAUCGAGAUGCGAGACCUUGUCAACUCCAAGCUGUUCCUCCUGCGUAAAAAAUGGGACGACCUCCUGAGCCGCCUGCUGCCGAGGACGUGGGUGCCGCUCUACACGAUGGUGACCUUCUCGAGGGAGCGCUACCACCUCUGCAUUGCCAAGAAGAGGUGGCAGGACGAGAUGAUCGGGAAGCUGGUGAAGGUCUCUGCCGUUGCUGGAGUCAUCCUCGGGUUCUUUGCCGCCAAGACGCAGGCAGCCCACGCCUUCUCCCAUUCGCUGGUCACUCACCUGAACAGCAUCACGACGAAAACGCUCGACAUUGCUAUGCGCUGAGGUGUUUUUAGGUGGAUCACAAGAUUUUUUUUUAUUGAAUUGAGAACAAGAGAUUUUUAUAAGUGGCGUGAGAUGUUUAGGCAGUGAAUUCUUUAUACAGUAAAAAUUUCUUCAAGAAGAAAAUCAUUCUCGUAAGUAGCAAGUAGGUUGUCGUUUUUUUCAGGCAGUUAGGGUUGAUCUAUUUAGGCUGUGUUGAAGACUUUGCUGCCUAAAAUGUUUCAUGCAAAAACGACUUUUAUUAUUGUUGCAUUUCUUACCAUGACAUUAUCUUGACAAAAUGACUUUUUCUUACUGUUGAUAUUCUUGUAUGGCUACUGAAAAAAAUCAGUCAUUAUUGCGUCUUUUUCAGCAAUUUACCAUUUUUUCCGUUUUGAAAAUCUGUUAUGAAUGCAGUAAGAUAGGUGUAUGACUAUUUUUACUUGUAGCAUUUGUACUUUUGAAUUAAACUGAGUAAUGUACUUGUAA